UUUGACAUCAUUGCGAAUAUUGAAGUGAAAGAAUGAUAAUUUGAUAUUGAACAGCGAUUUUAAUUAAACAUUUAAUGAAACAAUUUGCGUGAUUUGUGUUUUUUUGGAACAUGAUAUGACAAUGAAGGCAUCAAUAGAGGUUCGUUGUAUUGUCUGUCAUUUAGUAUUCUGCUGCCCAGAGUGUCGUAGGAAACACGAACAGAACACCCAUUCUCUCACCUACGAAUGUCCCAUCUGCAGAGGCAGCAGCUACCUUUGCGAACCCAAAUAUCUCAACCAAGACUUCAUUGACCACCUCACCACAGAGCACCUUCCUCUACGCUGCAAGAAGUGUAACAAAAUAUUCGCCACAAUGGAAGACCUGGUCGAUAUAGAAAAGUGCACAAGUAUAUCUGAGCUGAUCGAAACAGAAGUAAAGAAAGAAGUCAACGUGGAAGAAAGAUUCGAUUCUAUAUAUGAAAAAAUUUAUAAUGAAGGUGAUAAUUUUGAAGCUAUACUAUCUGUUAAUAAAUCUAGUAAAACUGCUAUAAUAACGCCUAUUAUUAGGAAGAAAUAUCUAGUAGAUUAUGAAUCUAGUGAUGAUGCUGAUUCAGAUGAGAGUCCAAAGGUCAAUGUGGUGACUCCUCAUCCUAAAUUGUAUCCAAAAACACCACGGCAUAAGAGACAGAGAGCAGCUACACCACAUGCCAAGAAAUUAAUGGGUUUGAUGAGGCAAAAUGGUAUUGAAGAGUAUGAUGAAACGAUGGAAGAUAUUAUUUAUGAUCAAUCACUAAAUCCCAAAACGCCAACACCAUCUAGAAACGACAAUCACGAACACGUCGAACAAGACAUGACAACACCUACAUCCCAUCUCCCACAUGUUCUGAAAGUGGCGCAAAUCGUUAGUACCAGUACUCCCACCAACCCCACCAACGGUGGUUGGACCAUGUUCCCUAACCCUGGUAACGAUUCGCCACUGUCAGAAAUUGAAAUUGGAGAGAGUCCAGCGCAAAGCACUAAUAAUGAGCCAUCGAAAUCGGAACAAAUUCCAAAACUAAAAGGUAUCAUAACGGGCAGCAGGCUUAAACUUGGCAGUCAGGACAGUUCGGAGAAGCAAGUCACUUUCCAGGAUUCUGAACCUUCUGUUAAGAGCAAAAGGGUUAAAUUUGCAAAUGACACUAUUUUCAGUCGAGAGAAUCAAAUACAAAGAGUAUACAGAAAGCCAAAACGAAUGCUAACACCUGGACCACAGAGACCAAAAUACACCAGCAACCCGCGUUUCCAGGCGCUCAUUAACCGUUUCGAGAAUAGAGUAGCAACCGUCCCGCAAACGCCAGUCAAUAUCCCUGACAAAGGUCUAGCCACCCCCUCAGUGGAGCACAACGUUCUAGCCAGAGCUAUAAGCUUCAAAGAAAGCCCUGGAUUGGAAAACACGAGAGACACGAAUGAAUUAUUCAGCACGUGCGUGGACACGAACGAACCAGUAAAUAACGCAAUAACAACGCUCACUACAAACAUCGUCGGAUCCCUGCAAACCUGCCUCACGUCGCUUCUCAAAACAAAUGACGAAGAAACAGAGAUACAAUUCAAAUUCGUGAUCACCAAGAAAAAGGUCAGCGUGAAAAGGAUGGCAGAUAAUGGAGACGAGGAUCUCAGCGAGAUAGAGAGGGACGAAACUAGUGAAAAGGAAAAUAUUUGGUCGACUGUAACUAAGGCUGUGAAGAAGGUGUUUUGGGGCGAGAAAGAAUCGCCAUACAGACCUCACUCCAACGAUUCCACAUCAUCAUCAGCCUCCAAACGCAAGUACGACGACCUUUCCGACGCUGAGAGUCCCUUGAACCACAAGCGCCAUAGAUACGAAGGAAGGAUCCGGGGCCGGCCCCCCCUACAGCGCACCAAAAAGUGGGGGGUAACCGGCCUAAAAACCGCACACUCCGCGGAACAACAGUCUUUAGUGAAACAGUUAGAAGACGUCAAUCAGAGUUUUUAAUUUGGAUUAUGAGAAAUAAAUAAAUUAUGUUAAUUAA